UAACGACACCAGAUAUGUACUGCGGGCUUGACAGAGGUGCUUCAGUCCUCUCGGUUAGGUACGAGCAGCGCUGGAAAAGUUGGGAGAUAGCCCGCUGGUUAGACUAUUGUUCCCCGUCCAGGCUUUAGUUUAUCCCCAGUUUUUGGAGCUUUUAACAGAGCCGUGCUUCCGGGGUCAGCGGCUGAAGAAGACAGACACAUUUGGGACACGGAGCUAACAUAAUCUCAGCUGUCUUGAAGUUGUGACUGUCGAGUUGGCACUAAGAUGUUUCAGAUAAAGAAGGUCUGUUGCAUUGGUGCGGGGUACGUGGGAGGCCCAACGUGUAGUGUGAUCGCUCAGAUGUGCCCAGAGAUCACAGUGACCGUUGUGGAUGUCAAUGAGUCUAGGAUCAAAGCUUGGAACUCAGACACUUUGCCCAUAUAUGAGCCCGGCCUGAAAGAGGUGGUGGAGUCAUGCAGAGGGAGGAAUCUGUUUUUCUCCACUGACAUUGACUCAGCCAUUAGGGAAGCUGACCUCGUCUUCAUCUCUGUAAAUACCCCCACCAAGACCUAUGGGAUGGGGAAGGGUCGUGCCGCAGACCUUAAGUUCAUCGAGGCAUGUGCUCGACGGAUUGUGGAGGUGUCUGAUGGCUACAAGAUUGUCACAGAGAAGAGCACAGUCCCAGUGCGAGCAGCUGAGAGCAUCCGAAGGAUAUUUGAUGCCAACACCAAACCCAGCCUCAACCUACAAGUGCUAUCCAACCCAGAGUUCCUUGCAGAAGGAACAGCAGUGCGGGAUCUGAAAGAGCCAGACCGUGUCCUGAUUGGUGGAGACGAGACAGCAGAAGGUCAAAGGGCGAUCAGAGCACUGUGCGCCGUCUAUGAACACUGGGUCCCCAAAGCACGCAUCAUCACCACCAAUACAUGGUCGUCUGAGCUCUCCAAACUGGCAGCCAAUGCAUUCCUGGCACAGCGAAUCAGCAGCAUCAACAGCAUCAGCGCUUUGUGCGAGGCCACAGGAGCCGAUGUAGAGGAGGUAGCCAAGGCCAUCGGCAUGGACCAGAGGAUAGGCAGCAAGUUCCUCAAAGCCAGCGUAGGCUUUGGUGGCAGCUGUUUCCAGAAGGAUGUGCUAAAUCUUGUGUACCUGUGUGAGGCCCUCAACCUCCCUGAGGUGGCCUCCUACUGGCAGCAGGUGAUAGAUAUGAAUGAGUACCAGAGGAGACGGUUUGCCUGCAGGAUCAUUGACUGCCUCUUCAACACCGUCACUGGGAAAAAGAUCGCUCUGCUGGGCUUCUCAUUCAAGAAGGACACAGGCGACACCAGGGAGUCAUCCAGUAUUUACAUCUCUAAGUAUCUGAUGGAUGAGGGGGCCAAGCUGUUCAUCUACGACCCCAAAGUCCUUAAAGAACAAAUCAUCCAUGACCUCUCACAGCCCAGCAUCUCAGAGGACAACCCACAAAGAGUGUCGGAGCUGGUGACUGUGACCACAGACCCCUAUGAGGCCUGCCAGAGUGCACACGCGUUGGUCAUCUGCACCGAGUGGGACAUGUUUAAGGAGCUGGACUAUGAAAAGAUUUACAAAAAGAUGCUGAAACCAGCCUUUAUUUUUGAUGGUCGGAGAGUGCUGGACCACCUCCACCCUGACCUGCAGAACAUUGGCUUCCAGAUUGAGACCAUCGGCAAGAAGGUGACAUCAACACGCAUCCCCUACACUCCUGCAGCUGUGUGCUCACGCAUCAGCGUCAGUGAACCUCCCACCAAGAAAGCCAAAGUGUAAAACCUGCUCCACCCCCACCACACACACACACACACAUUCCUUCCUCACUUUUUAUACUGCUGGUGUUAGCUGAUACAGGUCCCAGUCACUCUCAUGCUGGUAAAUGCUUAAUGACCAAAAACGCCAAAUGGUCCGUUGAUUCCGGCCUAACAUUGGAAUGAAGUGUUAGCUGGUUCAGAGUUGAUGCAAUAUAGUAAAUGUGAUCUAUGAAUUGCAAUGCAAAACCAUACCAGACACAUGGCCAUGACUGAUCUGGCACAUUUCGUGGUGGUUGGCAAUUGUUUAACAAAAGUUGAAAAUGCAGCAACAUUUCAAAAUUGUCCCUUGCAGGCAGUUUUAAAAACAGUAUUAGUUAGAACUGUUUAGGAACUUAGACUUUCUUACAGUGUAUGUACUUUAUAAUCAGGUAUUGUCAGUCAGUGGAGAAAAAAAAAGUAUACUAUUUUUGAAGUAUUUUUAUAAACCAUUUCUUACUGUAUGUUGAUCAGUGUGUGUCCUCAGUAUCAGUGAUUGUUUUAUUAAAUGGGCCAAUGCAAUAAAAUGUGAUGUGUCCUCUCA